AUGAAGAACAACGAAGUCACUCAUACUCAAAAUAGUAUAGGAAGCAAAAAAAUGGGAAAGUUUUCAGUUAACAAUAACGACAUCCUUUUGCUGAUUUUAUCACUUUUCGUUCCACCAAUUUGUGUUUGGAAGAGAAAGGGGUUCUUUACAAGAGACUUCUUGUUGAACCUGCUACUGUUUUUAAUGUUUUACGUCCCAGCCAUCAUACAUGCGGAUUACGUUAUUUACGAAACCAGUGUUGAGAGAGUCUCAGACUACCAAUCUUUGUCUGACGGGGUGCAACAAGUUGAAGAACCAGGUAAUGGCGACUUCAAUGUUGAUUUAGAAGCCUCCGGUGGUGAUUUGCCACAAUAUGAAGAUAUCGCCGGACCAUCCGAAGGCCAGCAGGACCAAACUGCGGCGGUCGCUGCAGCAAAUGCGAUGGACAACAAGGUCCAGCACUAG